UCCCUCUCCUCACACAAGCACCAAUCCCCCGGUUCACACUGCACAGCUCCUGACAAAGACCACGUGGUGGCGCUCUGCACCGUCUGACAUCUCGGUGACGUAUAUUGGCCGCGCCAGCAGCUAGGUGUGUGAGAGAGGAAGAUGUUCCAUAACAGUACCCAGAGGAAGCACUGGACUUUCCCCAACCAGGAGGAAGCACAGCGGCUCCGGACACAGGCCAAUAGUCUGUAUCGAGCCCGGAUACGAGGGACAGGACAGGCACACUUGGGUGAGAUAUUUAAUUUGGAGACUCAUGAAGAGGGGAUCAUCUGCAAAUACUAUGAGAAGAAGUUGGUGGAUUUCUGCAAUGCUUUUAAGCCCACAAUGCCUAAAUCUGUCUUGGGGACAGCUUGUAUGUAUUUCAAACGAUUUUACCUGAAUAAUUCAGUUAUGGAACAUCAUCCACGAAUAAUCAUGCUGACGUGUGCAUUCUUGGCUUGUAAAGUAGAUGAAUUUAAUGUAUCCAGCGUCCAGUUUGUUGGUAACCUUCCAGAAAGCCCUGCAACCCAGGAGAAGAUUCUAGAACAGAUUCUGGAAUAUGAACUACUGCUCAUCCAACAGCUGAACUUCCACCUAAUAGUACACAACCCUUACCGACCUUUUGAAGGGUAUUUAAUUGAUUUAAAGACGCGAUAUCCCUUGCUAGAUAAUCCGGAGACGUUGAGGAAAGCGGCUGAUGACUUCUUGAAUCGCGUCGCUCUGACUGAUGCUUGCUUGCUGUUUACACCAUCCAUUAUUGCUCUUACUGCUAUCUUAUCUAGUGCUUGCAGAGCAGGUCUUAAUAUUGAGAGUUAUUUAUUGGAGUGUCUUUCUCUAAAAGACAGCCGGGGAACCAUGGAUAAUCUACUGGAUGGGAUGAAACGUCUAAAGAUACUGGUAUCGAAAUAUGAGUUUGCUAGACCUGAAGAUGUCUCUUUAAUAGAGAAGAAAUUGGAGAAGUGCCACAGCGGUGAAGUUUCUUCUUUGGUUAACCUAAAAAAGAGAAAGGGUUAUGAAGACGAUGAUUAUAUAUCCAAAAAGCCAAGAAUGGAAGAGGAGGAGUGGAGUGAUGAUGAUUUGGUGGAUUCUUUAUAGUCACUGGACAUGUACAUAACAAAUGUGUAUUUUUGUUUUGGGUAUUUAAACUGUUGAUGUUUGUGUAAAAGGUAUUAUAUUGUUAAAUACAUUUUGUUUAUAAUA